GCCGGUACACGGCGGGCUCUCGUGUACGGCUGCUGCGCGUAACGGUGAAGGUGGAGGGGAGGACUUCACCUCGCUGCUGCGCUGCGCUCGGUUCGGUUCGUGCGGAUAAAAAUCGAUGAAAUAUGGAUAGAGACGGACGGAGAGGGUUCGAGUGUGUCAGAAUAAAGCGAUAAACGCGCGGGUGUGUGUGUGUGUUAAUGUGGAAUAUUUGGGGUCUAGUUGAAGUGCUGCAGGAGGGAUGAUGAGAAGCGAGAUGAUGCUGUAGUGCUGUCGUGCGCCUGAUGCGGAGAAAGUGCGGCUCUGGUACUGGUGUCACUGGUGUAACUGGUGCUUUAUGGGCUGUGAUGCUCCGUGAUCCUCCAGCUCUCUUGACAUUAUCUGGAUUACACUCGGAAUAAAAUCGGUUUGGGAUAAUAAUCGGAUGGACGAUUACUCGACGCUUCAGUUGCAGUGUCUGGAGAUGACGACCAAGAGGAAGAUCAUCCGGCGCCUGGUGCCGUGCCGGUGCUUCCGCGGCGAGGAGGAGGUCAUCUCCGUGCUGGACUACUCGCACUGCAGCCUGCAGCAGGUGCCCAAGGAGAUCUUCAGCUUCGAGCGCACGCUGGAGGAGCUCUACCUGGAUGCCAACCAGAUCGAGGAGCUGCCCAAGCAACUCUUUAACUGCCAGGCCCUGCGGAAGCUGAGUAUACCUGAUAACGACCUCUCCAACCUGCCCACCACCAUCGCCAGCCUCGUCAACCUGAAGGAACUGGACAUCAGUAAGAACGGCAUUCAGGAGUUUCCUGACAAUAUCAAGUGCUGUAAAUGUUUAUCAGUGGUGGAGGCCAGUGUAAACCCCAUCACCAAACUCCCGGACGGCUUCACUCAGCUCCUCAACCUGACGCAGCUCUUCUUAAACGACGCCUUCCUCGAGUACCUACCCGCCAAUUUUGGGAGAUUGUCCAAAUUACGCAUCCUGGAACUUCGAGAGAAUCACCUGAAAACCAUGCCAAAGUCCAUACACAGACUCUCACAGCUGGAGCGGUUAGACCUGGGAAGCAACGAGUUCACAGAGCUGCCUGAAGUUUUGGAGCAGAUUCAUAAUCUGAAGGAGCUGUGGCUGGAUAAUAACUCGUUACAGAUGAUACCGGGUUCGAUAGGUAAACUGAGGCAGCUACGCUAUCUGGAUCUGGCUAAGAACAGGAUCGAGACCCUUGAUGCCGAUAUUUCUGGGUGCGAGUCGCUGGAGGACCUCCUGCUUUCAUCCAACAUGCUGCAGCAGCUUCCCGACACGAUAGGGAUGUUAAAAAAGAUGACGACAUUGAAAGUUGAUGACAACCAGCUCACCUCACUGCCUAACACCAUCGGGAGUUUAUCUCUGUUGGAGGAGUUCGACUGUAGCUGUAAUGAGCUGGAGGCUUUACCCUCAACCAUCGGCUACCUGCAUAACCUCCGAACCUUCGCCGCCGACGAGAACUUCCUGACGGAGUUACCCAGAGAGAUCGGAAACUGUAAGAACGUGACGGUCAUGUCCCUGCGCUCCAACAAACUGGAGUUUCUGCCUGAUGAAAUCGGACAGAUGACGAAGCUGCGGGUUCUUAAUCUCAGCGACAACAGGUUGAAGAAUCUUCCGUACACCUUCACUAAACUCAAAGAUCUUGCUGCACUUUGGCUCUCCGACAAUCAGUCCAAGGCCCUGAUCCCCCUACAAACAGAGGCUCAUCCUGAAACCAAACAGCGGGUGCUUACCAACUACAUGUUCCCCCAACAACCCCGGCACGACGAGGAUUACCAGUCGGACAGCGACAGCUUUAACCCCGCCCUGUGGGAGGAGCAGAGGCAGCAGAGGAUGACCGUGGCUUUUGACUUCGAGGAUAAGAAAGAGGAGGAGGACAACGCUGCAAAGGUCAAGGUGGAGAUUAAUCUGAAGCGCUACCCCACGCCGUACCCGGAGGACCUUAAGAACAUGGUGAAGUCGGUACAGAACAUGGUGGGUAAAAGCGUGCACCCGCUCGCCACCGAUAAAUGUAUGCCAGGCGCCAACAUGGACCUCCACGCCAGCGACUCGUACGAGCCCAAAUGGCCCCUCCCACCCAAAGAGGUGAUGGAGCGAGAGGUGAAAGACUUCUCAACGCCGGCGCUACCAGACCAGGGCGUCAUCAUGAACUCGGCCAUCGACAUCCCCAAGAGGAAGGAUAAGGAUGAUCUGAACGAGAGCUCCGAGAUUUCUUUACAUCGCAUCGUUCCCAAGCAGCAACAGGCAGAGAAUUGCGGCCUGGCCGUUUCUCCGUCGUCCUGCCUCUUCUUCAUAGAUUCCAUGGGAGGCUCUCCUAACGACAUCCGGAUCUCCGACAUGAGGCCGACGCUGGUGGAACCGCCCAUGUACAAGCCGAAGGUCGUACUGCUGGGACAAAAGGAUAAAAAAGAAUCCAUGGAUGACUCAGACCCAGACAAGAUGCACUGCAUGAACAACAGCGGCUCCUCGGCCACCUACUCGGACUACUCGCCGUCUCAGGGCUCCUCCGGCUCCUCCAACCCGCCCGGAAACGUCUCCGCCCUGCAGAGCGCCGCCAAAGACGGCCUCCCGCAGACUCACUGGACUAACAGGAUCGCUCAGUCGUUCCCAAAGCCGAUCGAGACGAAGCCGCUGCUCAGCCACAGAGAGACGCCGCCGUCCAGCACCCUGCAGCAGAGAGGUGAACGGCGGCCCCUCAGCGACACCUUCGACAGCUGGAACAACGCCCCCCAUUACGACAACACGGGCUUCGUGGCUGAGGAGACGCCGGUCGUGACUCCCGGCGGCGGCAGCAGCGGGAACCCCAUGCUGGGCACCAAGCCUCGCAGCGCCUCGGUGGCGCAGGGCCGACGGCCCCUCAUGCGGCAGGAGCGAAUCAUGGGAGUCCCGCUGGAGCUGGAGCAGUCGGCGCACCCCUACCGUGCGCCUCCCGAUGCCGAAGUGCCUCCGCCCCCUUCCCAGAACCCUUGGCAGAACUGGACGAGGACUCCCAGCCCCUUCGAGGACCGCACGGCGUUCCCGUCCAAGCUGGAGAUCACCCCGGCGAACAGCCCCAACCCCGACCGCAAGGACUUCGAGCAGGACCACCUCCCGGGCACCUUCCCCUCGUCAGGAGCCUGGGGGUUCCUGAACUCCAGAGACUCAGGGACAGGGCAGGGUCCGCCCAACAUGUACGCGCACGUUCAGGCCUGUAAUGAACCCAACAAGGGCACCAGCAUGGUGGUGAGCAGAAGUUCUGACAGGAUCUCGCCCAUGAUGAAGGAGGUGAAGGCGAAGUUCAAGAAGUCCCAGAGCAUAGACGAGAUCGACAUCGGAUCCUACAAGGUCUACAGCAUCCCCCUGGACACUUACAGCUCCAGCAUCGAUAAUCAGGGUAGCGUGGACAGAGCUGACCUCCCGGGACAUCUGGAGCAGAGUAUGUCCAGGAGCCAGUCCGCCCCCAUGCUGGACGACGACCUUGACAUCUACGGUACGAGCAAAUCCUCUCAACCUCAGAAACCCGCCAUUCCCAAAAAGGUUUACCAGUUCGACCAAAGUUUCAACCCUCAAGGAGCCAUGGACGUCAUGAAGCAGGACAGGAGAGUCCCGCCGCCCUUCCCUAACACCCCCGAAUACAUCAAUCACCCAGGCAAGACGCUGCCGAAGGAGCUAAUCAGCCCUCGAGGGUACCGAGGGUACCAACCCAUGGAGCAAAGCAUGUUCUCCUAUCCUCAGCCUCCCAUCAACGACGAUUCGGUCAUUCCACAGUUCCCGUCGCACCCUCAGCGUUCCCGGCCUGGGUUUCUGCGCCGGGCCGACUCCCUGGUCAGCUCGACCGAGAUGGCGCUUUUCCGCAGGGUCGCCGAAGCCCAGGAACACCAACUGGCCGACCAUUACGCCCGAUCCCAACAGCUCAAGGGCAUCCUGGAUCACCAAAACAGCUUGGCCACCAUGGCCGACUCGCAGUUCCACAAGCGGAACGGUAGGUACGAAGAGGACUACUCGUCCUACCAGGAGCCUAAAAAGCCCAUCAUGGGUUACCCCACCAAGAGCCUGACCCAGCGUCGCCCCCUGUCCGCCCGGAGCUACAGCACCGAGACGUACGGCGCCUCUCAGGCCCGGCCCGUGUCCGCCCGGCCCACCAUGGCCGCCCUGCUGGAGAAGAUGCCGGAUUACAACGUCAGCAUGAGCCUCGAGAAGAAUCUUGACAACGACAUGAAGAUGAGAGUCGCCCCCCCGAAACCGGAGGACGUGGGUUCCAAAAUGCCGGCGGACUGGAGGCAGCAGCUCCUGAGGCACAUAGAGGCCAAACGGCUCGACCGGAGCGCUGUCCAUAAGCACAACACCGUAAACUUCGGCAUGCUGUACACCGGAGGCUAUGCUGCGCCGCAUGCCAGCAGAAGCAUGACAAUAAACUUUUACAAUAACGCAAAGCAUGAAAACCAAACGACUCAGUGGCUACCUCUACCAAACACCCCGUCGCAGCAGAGCAAUAUUUUAGACAACGGACAGGAAGUGGUCUCUCCCACCACGCAGUGGGCCCCCUACUCGCUCGGGAGAAGAGACGUACCUCCAGACAACACCAUGGUUAAAAAGGUGGUGGUCCCGUACCCUCACCAACAGCAGGGCGUGAUGGGAGGCGGAGCCACGGCGCAGCACCGGGGGCCCCAGCAGUACGAAGGGAUCAUGAAUAAGGUCUCCAUCCAGCAGUACCAGAAUCCUCUGGGAAUGGCCAUGACUAGCACCAGCCCCCGGCCCCAGAGCGCCCGCUGCUUCAUCCAGACCAAGGGCCAGAAGAGCAUGGACGGCUUUCCAGAGCAGUUCUGUGUUCGGAUCGAGAAGAACCCGGGCCUGGGUUUCAGUAUCUCAGGGGGCAUCAGCGGGCAGGGGAACCCCUUCAAACCCUCCGACCUAGGUAUCUUUGUUACUAGGGUACAGCCUGACGGACCCGCCGCCAACCUCCUUCAACCCGGAGACAAAAUUCUGAAGGCCAACGGACAUAAUUUUUUACACGUGGAACACAAAGCGGCCGUGUCUCUGCUGAAGAACUUCCCCAGAGCUGUGGACUUGCUGGUUCUGAGGGACAGCACAAUGUAAAUAAUUUUGUACCGCUGACCCGUCGCUCGGACGAACGCGCAGGACCUUGUACAUGGUUUAUAAUCUACAGACUUAUUUUGCCAAUUGCUGGACCAAUGGCAAAUCCCAGUGCCAAAUGUAAUAAUGUGAUAUACGGCUGAAAUCUGACGUACGUUUCAAUGAUAAUAAUGUGCUUUCCUUUCUAUCUCUCAGCCUGUGGCUGUAGGUGGGUGCAUUAAUUUACCUAUUUAUGUAUUUAUUUAAUUAUUUAUUGGUUCACCUGUUAAUUAUUAUUAUUAUUAUUUUGUACCUAAUUUUCCAAGUGGCUUUUCAUUUCAGUCUCGGCGCAUGGAAGCACAUCGGCUUUAAAAGACAUUCGAUUCAUCAUGAC